AUGUCGAAGACAAUGAGUACUCAUGCUAGUGGUAGUAAAGACGAUGAUGUGCCACCUGAAAUGCUUGCAGCAGCAAAAGAAAUCGCCUUCAAUUCGUUGCCCAAUAUUUCCAAACGAAAAUAUACAAUAGUAUAUAAUGAAUUCAAAAAGUGGCGUAGUACAAAAAAUACAAAUUCGUUCGCCGAAGCUGUGUUAUUAGUAUACUUCAACGAAAUAGGUUCUAAGUUUGCUGCAUCGACACUGUGGUCAAAGUAUUCCAUGCUGAAAGCGACAAUCAAAGCGUAUGAUGGCAUUGAUAUAAGUAAAUAUCCACAAUUAAUAGGAUUUUUAAAGAAAAAGAAUUCGGGAUAUAAGCCAAAAAAAUCAAAAGUAUUAACAACAGCUGACGUGUCGAAGUUUCUCGAAGAAGCACCCGAUGCAGAAUAUCUUGGCAUGAAGGCAUUACUGGUUAUAGGACUUUCUGGUGCAUGCAGAAGAGAGGAAUUAACAAAUUUAUGUACAGAAGACGUACAAGACCAUGGUACAUUUUUAUCCAUAACACUACAAAAAACAAAAACUAAAAUUACUAGAACAUUUACG